ACCGUGUUUUAAGUGAAUGGAACGCACUGCAGUGGGUAAUUAUUGGUCUUGGCAGCGAUAGCCACAUACUGUGAAUCUCUGAGGUAAAACCGGGUAAUGCGGUCUAUAUCCCACCAAAAAUUAUGAAAGAACUGAGGGGGCGCUAUGGUAGCGUUGCGCCGGCCGCUGCGCUAUUACAGCUCGGGGCAUCGGGAGUUCAAUUCCAGCGCCCUCUCUAAGAGAUUUAUAUGUGUGGGGCUUCUCCGGGUGCUCCAGUUUCCUCCCAAAGACUUACCGGGUAGAUUAAUGAGUCGUUGUAAAUUGUCCCACGAUUAAGCUAGGUUUAAAUCGGGGUUGCCGGGGAAUGCUGGGGUGAAAAGGCCUACUCCGCGCUGUAUCACUAAAUAAAAUAAAAACCCAACAAGUCUAGUUGUUUAUAGACAAACAACAACAAAAAUGGAGUAAACUUUCAGGGGUCAAGGCAAAAUUCAAUUUAGUGAAUGAUUUAAUGGCAUUUUUUCAUACGAGAGCCUGUCAGCUCUUAAACAUAUAAAAUUAUUUAGAAAUAAAUAUAAUUAUGCCAAUAGGAUACUUUGCAUUAAUACCAGUUUUUAAAUUAUUCUUUUGUAUCCUUCUCCGCGCUGUUCCCACCCGACAGACAAUGAGGGACGCGAUUAAACAAAGGUGCUCAUUUGCUGGGACGGGGUUACUAGCGGACACAGGAAAAAAACAGAUUUCUCUCCACCCCGCGCAAUCUCGUUUCAGCAGCUCCUCGCCGUACGUCCCUGCGUCGGCACACAAACGCCGCGAGUCACGUCCUUUGGAGCGCCGAGACCGGGAACAGUUACACCGGUGUCGGCGGUGAACAGCACGAGUGACCUCGCGGCGUGACGAGGCCGGCCGCUCCUUUGCUGGUGGGGGAAGCAGGCGACGUGUCGGCUGUCGUUCGGCGAAGCGGGCUCUGUGCGUCGCCGGUGUUCGUACCCAGACGUUUCAUAUCGGACCAAACGAGGAGCCGGGCAAUUGUUGCCGGUUUCAGGAAGCUGGUGGCGAGUGGGGCAACAAUGACGCUGCGAGGCCGCCGUGUGUCUGCUAAGUCUUUGGAUGAGGAUGAGAUGAGAUCUUCAGAGGUACCUGGGCCGGAGUGCGCCCGAUCGGUCAGUAAUGGAAAAGUAGAUGCUGACUAUGCAAUCAAUAAAAAGAUACAACUGAAGCUGAAGGCUGAGCAAAUGAAGACUGAUUUAUUGAAACAGUUUGAUUCUCAUUUUAACCAUUUUGUGGACGAUUUGAUUGAAUCUACUACCUUGGACCCCUCUGUUACUCCUUUCUUGUCUGCAUCUAUGACUAAAGAUCAUGCAGUUAUGGCUAACAGACAGACAAGGGCACCCCCAGAAAAGGGAAAGCACUUCAUGUCUCGUCGAUCUCUGCUUGAUGAACUCUUCCAAGUGAAUCACAUCCGAACCAUUUAUCAUAUGUUCAUCGCUUUACUGAUUCUGUUUAUAGUCAGUACCCUGGUGAUGGACUUCAUCGAUGAAGGAAGGCUGGUCCUUGACUUCGAUCUAUUGGUUUAUGCCUUUGGGAGAUUCCCAAUUGUCAUUUCCACUUGGAUUUGUAUGUUCCUGUCUACACUUCUCAUUCCAUAUGGUUUAUUUCUGUUGUGGGCAUCAGGAUACCAGGCAGCAAAACACAAGGUUCUGCGGACAAUGUUCUAUGGUGUCUUGUUCUUGUCAUUUCAGACACUGGGACUGUGGGCUGCCCCAGUCUAUACUGUCAUCCAUUUUCAGCUACCUCCUGCUUCCCGCUUCAUCGUUAUCUUGGAACAGGUCCGCCUGAUGAUGAAAGCACAUUCCUUUGUACGGGAGAACUAUAGUAGAGUGGCAGUGAGCAGAGAGAGAAAUGGUGGAAUUCAGCAGGUUCCGCAAUUCUCCCACUACCUCUACUUCCUUUUUGCUCCUACUCUCAUCUAUCGGGACAACUACCCCAGGAAUCCUACAAUUAGAUGGAGCUAUGUUGCUACAAAAUUUGCACAGGUGUUGGGCUGCCUAUUUUAUGCUUACUAUAUUUUUGUGCGACUUUGCAUUCCAUUGUUCCGAAACAUUAGCCAAGAGCCAUUCAGCUUGAAAGUCCUGGUUCUUUGCAUUUUCAACUCCAUUUUACCAGGUGUGCUCGUGCUGUUCCUGGCUUUCUUUGCAUUUCUCCACUGUUGGCUCAAUGCCUUUGCUGAAAUGCUGCAGUUUGCUGACAGGAUGUUUUAUAAGGACUGGUGGAAUUCCACAUCCUUUGCCAACUAUUACCGGACCUGGAACGUAGUGGUCCAUGACUGGCUGUACUAUUAUGCUUACAGAGACUUUCUCUGGUUGUUCACCCACCGGUUUCGAGCUGCAGCUAUGCUGUCAGUCUUCACCGUGUCUGCUGUGGUUCAUGAGUAUGUGUUGGCUGUUUGCUUUGGCUUCUUCUAUCCGGUGCUCUUCUGCUUGUUCAUGUGCUUUGGAAUGGCUUUCAAUUUCGUCUUGCAUGACCGUCGGAAAGGACCUGUUUGGAACGUGGUGAUGUGGACUUCGCUGUUCCUGGGGCAGGGCAUGUUGGUAUGUCUGUAUUCUCAGGAGUGGUAUGCCCAGCAGCACUGUCCCCUUACAAAUCCAUCCUUCUUGGAUUUGUUGAAACCCCGGUCUUGGACUUGCCGCUUAAACUCGUAAUGGAAAGAAGCUAAUGUCCUUGAAUCUACAGAAAACUGGGAACAUUUCUUCAGAUUGUGGCAGCACUUUUCAUAAACCAAAUGAAUGUUUUUCUUUCACCGGAUAGUGCCUGCUUCUUGUUCUGUCUUGGGUUUUGGUCAUAAAGUUGGAUAUUUUUCUAAAACAUUAAUCACAGGACGAAUACCAAUUUAGUGCUACAUACACUGUAUUAAGUAUCCGACUUCUCUGUUUGGAGGUGGGAGGAAUGCCAAAAAGAAAACACUGAAGAGGGACGUAAAGGUUUUUAAAAUUACUUCUCCUUCCCCUCAUAUUGUCCCCACCAGCCGUACAAAACGAAGAUAAAGUUGAACUUGAAGGUUUACAUGUUAUGAGCAAAUAUACAUGCACAAAUAAGUGUAGAGGUGUGUAUCAUUUUACAGUUCAAUGCAACAGUGCAACUUGAAGAUUAAAUGUUGUUUAGCACUGUAAUUCAUUUUGUGCCACAAAGAUGACAGUCAGAUUUGAGGCCAGCAUUCCUAUUGAUAUGUUUCUACUUUGAUUAGCAGCUCACAUGGAGAGAAGCUGCUAACAUUUUGAGCCAGUGACUUUGCUGAGUAUUUCCAGCAAAUUCUAUUUUUGUUUAAAACUAUUCUGCUCAGACCUCCUGAACAAAUGUUUCUCCACCCUACCCUUUGUGUCAUAUCCAAUUAAACUGUUCUCAAUGACAUUCCAGUCCAGGAAACUGGGAAUGAAAGUGGGACCUUUCUCAUCUCGGUUAUACACAUUUGCUUACUGUGCUAGAUUCACUUUGAUAGAUUUCAAAUACAAAUGGAUGGGAAACAGGAUGUACUGAAGGUGUGGGUUAAUAAUUUCACUGUUGACUAAGCAAAAUAUUUUAAAAUGAGAUUGAUCGUAAAUAAACUUUGAGUAUUCUUCUCAUGAUGACCCUAGCAGCAAUUGGCUGUAUGCUCUGUUUCUGCACUCGUGGGUUUUCACCCUGGGAUGGUAAUUAUUGAACUUAUUAAUAUGAAGGAAAACUAUUGUCAACAGCAAAAUUAAUUUUGAAAAAAUGUAUUCUGUCUUAAAUCUGUGUAUUUAAAGUUCCAAAAUCCUGUCUGUUUGUUCAGUUGAUAGAACAAAAGUAUCCUGAAUCUAGUGUAGCAAGUUGCAGUAUUGUUUAAAUCACUGUGCGGUUGGAUGAAGUUAAGAUCUUAGUACAUUGUGCAUUAAGUUUUGGUUAUGAAUCCAGAAAUUGAACCGAAAACCCUGCCAUUAAGUUGGAUCAAGAAAGUACUUCAUUUGAGUUGAGAGCUAAGAGAUAAUGGUGGCUGUUUAUUAUAAGAAACAUUUUUGUAUGCAUUUUAUUGUACUUCUGUACUUUGUUCUGUUAAUUGAAUUAUUGGAUUGGAAGCAUAAUAAAUUGAACUCCCUAAUCUUUUCACUCUUCUGUAAAGAGUGUUUCAUAAGCCAACAUUACCAUUACUUAGCACAAGACAAUAUAGCCCAGAAAAAGGUUUGAAUUUUGAGGUCUUUCCUCUUAACAUUUUACUAACUUAUCCAGGUGAUUGCUAAUGUAAAUGGAAUUCCCUCAUCCUAUCUUGGGAAAUAACCUUUGAACACUGCCUUAUGUUAGUAAAAUGUUAUAUAUUUUUUCCAAGAUGUGGAACUAAAUGGGAUGUAGUUGCACUGCAGGAUUUUGUAUUACCUUGUUCAAUUAGAUGCCAGACCAAGCUGUCCUUACCAGUAUUAUGGAAAAAUCCUUGACUAAGAUUCAAAAUUACUGAAGGUACCUGUCAGUCUAAAGAUUUCCACAGGGGUGGGGGUAGGAAUGCAAGCAACUAUUUAAAUAAAAUCCUUUUAUUUGUAAGGUUGGCUAGGAGUCUAAUUUAUAUCUAAACUUUUUUUGCUUAUUCUGUUGGCUGAGUAUGGAAUAGACUUCCCAUUGCAGAUUAAGGUACAGGCAAUGCUGAUUAAUUUUGUUUAAUUCCAAAGUACUCCCUAGUUCACUUUGUUUACUGGUGGAUUUGCACAAGCAUUCUGCACUGGAAAAUAAUCCUGUGCCAAAAUGUUUUUCUUCCUGUGUAUCCUUGAAUUGAUCUUGAAUUUGACCUUGAUCUUAAAUUUGUUUUUACAGGCCUGUACUAUAAUCCCUCAUACCGCCCCUAGGUCAGGUGAUCUUUGUUUAGUGCCGCCAGAUUUAUAACUUAUUCUUUCAGAGUGCUCAGAUUUUUAAUUGUCAUUGGGAUACUGAAUGGCUUCGGGACUGGUACCUGGAACUAAUACUGCUUCAAGUGAUGUAUUCAUUCUGAAAACAUGGAAUUUGAUAUUCAGGUUGAAGCCAAUGUAGUGUCCAAAAUUAUGAUUGUGCACCAUGUUUUAAACACUUACUGAGAAUUUAAUAUGAGGACAUAUUAAUUUGAUAUCCCUGGCCAAGGAAACUAUUUGUAGCAAGGCCAGAUUUGGACAUAGCAGCAAGCAAAAUUUUUCAAACUGAUAUUUGUUUAAAUCCAGGAUCCAAUUCUUGCCCCCCAAAAUUAAUCCGUUUCAAAAGCACUUUCAAAAUCUUUUUCAAAAUACUUGUUUCAAAAUCUUGCAAUUAACGUAUCAUCAUACAACUUUAGUGAAAACUGUUUUAAAGUGCAGUAAUCUCGAUGGGGACAAUAUUUAGAAAAGCAGUAUGUGCUCCCAGAGAUUCAAAAGUGCAGAUUAGAAAUCUAUCAUAUUCCAUCACUGUGUUUAUCCAGAUGUCUAUUUAAAAUGGGUGCAGAGUAUUUUUGGAGUGUCCAUUAAGUGAAUUGGAAAUGUCAGAGUAAAGCCCCUUUUGAAGUAUUUGAUUAAAAUGUAAAUAAAACUCAUAGACAUGAACCACCAAAUUUAAUUUCAGUUACCUUGAUGGUUUGCAUCUGCAAACUAUCACCUUUUUGUUGAAGAGAAUUUUGACAUAAUGCUGCCUGCUGGAGGAUGGCACAAUUCUGGUGGAGAAUGGGUUUUGUGCAUUGUGACUACAAUAUUCUAAUCUGAUAACUAUUUCAAAUGUAGUGAGUAUUUUUUCUUUACUGAUAUAGUAUAAUAAACAGUUAAAAUAGGCCACUGUUUUCUGUGUUGCACCAUGGAUUAUGUAAUUGGUGCAGACUGCUUUGAAGGGUCUUCACUCUGAUAUUUUGCCAAGUUUAUUGUGUGUGUAUAUAUUUAAUGUACACAUGUAUGAUUCCAAAUACCACAUUGCAAAAAAAGAUUCGUAUUCAGCAAUAGCAUUGUUUAAUUAUUGAACAUGUUUAGUGACUUUGUCUUUUGGUCUUGGGUUUCACCAUUGGGAUGGAUUCCAUUGUUCUCUUAACAAUUGAAAUUUUGAUACAUUGGAUGUGGAUUCUGCUUCAUUGGGACACAUUGGGACUAGUAUAGUUCGCCCCAAUUAAGUGGUUGCCUCAAUGACACGGUCUUAUGAAAAUAGUCAAAAAGGUGUAUUAAAGAAAAACACAAGUUGCUAUUUAACUGGGUAACAGAUUGUGUAUUUAAUUGAAAUACAAAAUUGGAACACUAACAAUUCUACAGUGCUAUUAAAAUAUAUUCCUCAAAGCUAUCAACAGAGGAAUUCACCUGCGCUCUUUUGACUAUAAAUGAACAAAAAUCAGCGGAGACACUUCGUAGAUAAUACUGCUUUCAUUACAAUGCUAUCGAUGAUUGCAUCCUCAUUUCUUUAAUUGUAACCUUCAAGAUGAUUGGCAAUACCUUCUAAUUCUUUGUAGUUCCUAACUUUUUGAAGUAGUGAAGUCACAAGAUUUUCACUCAUGGCCAUUUCUGUCAUCUCAAAGCAUGAAUGCUUAAAACCAGUAAGAAAAACAGUUCCAAGUUGCCUUGCUGCUUAUUUCUUGCGAACUUUCGAUGACAACUUUUUAAAUACAAGCACACUCAACAAGCAUUAUUUAAAAACACUUUGCUCUAAGCACAGUGUAGUCUUCCAUCCACAAGGGAGCACAUGUCUGACGUUAGAAUGGUACAGCACAUUACAGGCCCUUUGGCCCACAAUGUUGUGCCGACCCUCAAACCUUGCCUCCCAUAUAACCCCCCACCUUAAAUUCCUCUAUAUACCUGUCUAGUAGUCUCUUAAACUUCACUAGUGUAUCUGCCUCCACCACUGACUCAGGCAGUGCAUUCCACGCACCAACCACUCUGAGUAAAAAAACUUUCCUCUAAUAUCCCCCUUGAACUUCCCACCCCUUAGCUUAAAGCCAUGUCCUCUUGUAUUGAGCAGUGGUGCCCUGGGGAAGAGGCGCUGGCUAUCCACUCUAUCUAUUCCUCUUAUUAUCUUGUACAACUCUAUCAUGUCUCCUCUCAUCCUCCUCCUCUCCAAAGAGUGAAGCCCUAGGUCCCUUAAUCUCUGAUCAUAAUGCUACUGUCUAAACCAGGCAGCAUCCUGGUAAAUCUCCUCUGUACCCUUUCCAAUGCUUCCACAUCCUUCAUAUAGUAAGGUGACCAGAACUGGACACAGUACUCCAAGUGUGGCCUAACCAGAGUUUUAUAGAGCUGCAUCAUUACAUCGUGACUCUUAAACUCUAUCCCUCGACUUACGAAAGCCAACAUCCCAUAACUUUUCUUAACUACCCUGUCUACCUCUGAGGCAACAUUCAGGGAUCUGUGGACAUGUACCCCCAGAUCCGUCUGCUCCUCCACACUACCAAGUAUCCUGCCAUUUACUUUGUACUCUGCCUUGGAGCUUGUCCUUCCAAAGUGUACCACCUCACACUUCUCUGGGUUGAACUCCAUCUGCCACUUCUCAGCCCACUUCUGCAUCCUAUCAAUGUCUCUCUGCAAUCUUUGACAAUCCUCUACACUAUCUACAACACCACCAACCUUUGUGUCAUCUGCAAACUUGCCAACCCACCCUUCUACCCCCACAUCCAGGUUGUCAAUAAAAAUCACAAAAAGAGGUCCCAGAACAGAUCCUUGUGGGACACCACUAGUCAGAACCCUCCAAUCUGAAUGUACUCCCUCCACCACGACCCUCUGCCUUCUGCAGGCAAGCCAAUUCUCAAUCCACCCGGCCAAACUUCCCUGGAUCCCAUGCCUUCUGACUUUCUGAAUAAGCCUAUCGUGUGGAACCUUGUCAAAUGCCUUACUAAAAUCCAUGUAGAUCACAUCCACUGCACUACCCUCCUCUAUAUGCCUGGUCACCUCCUCAAAGAACUCUUAGCAGUCUUGUUAGACACGAUGUGCCCUUCACAAAGCCAUGCUGACUGUCCCUGAUCAGACCAUGAUUCUCCAAAUGCCCAUGGAUCCUAUCUCUAAGAAUCUUUUCCAACAGCUUUCCCACCACAGACGUAAGGCUCACUGGUCUAUAAUUACCCGGACUAUCCCUACUAUCUUUUUUGAACAAGGGGACAACAUUUGCCUCCCUCCAAUCCUCCAGUACCAUUCCCGUGGACAACGAGGACAUAAAGAUCCUAACCAGAGGCUCAGCAAUCUCUUCCCUCACCUUGUGGAGCAGCCUGGAGAAUAUUCCAUCAGGCCCCGGGGUCUUAUCCAUCCAAAUGUAUUUUAACAACUCCAACACCUCCUCUGCCUUAAUAUCAACAUGCUCCAGAACAUCAACUUCACUCAUAUUGUCCUCACUGUCAUCAAGUUCCCUCUCAUUGGUGAAUACUGAAGAGAAGUAUUCAUUGAGGACCUCACUCACUUCCACAGCCUCCAGGCACAUCUCGCCAAGGCCUUCUCAUGCCUCCUUCUUGCUCUCCUCAGCCUCUUCUUAAGCUCCUUUCUUGCUUCCCUAUAUUCCUUAAUAGACCCAUCUGAUCCUUGCUUCCUAAACCUCAUGUAUGCUGCCUUCUUCCACCUGACUAGAUUCUCCACCUUACUUGUCACCCAUGGUUCCUUCACCCUACCAUUCUUUAUCUUCCUCACCGGAACAAAUUUAUCCCUAACAUCCUGCAAGAGAUCCCUAAACAUGACCACAUGUCCAUAGUACAUUUCCCUGCAAAAACGUCAUCCAAAUUCACAUCUGCAGGUUCUAGCCUUAUAGCCUCAUAAUUUGCCAUUCCCCAAUUAAAAAUUUUCCUGUCCUCUCUGAUUCUAUCCUUUUCCAUGAUAAUACUAAAGACCAGGGAGCGAUGGUCACUGUCCCCCAGAUGCUCACCCACAGAGAGAUCUGAGACCUGAUGACCCGGUUCGUUACCUAGUACUAGAUCUAGUAUGGCAUUCUCCCUGGUCGGCCUGUCAACAUACUGUGACAGGAAUCCAUCCUGGACACACUUAGCAAACUCUGCCCCAUCUAAACCCUUGGAACUAAUCAGGUGCCAAUCAAUAUUAGGGAUGUUAAAGUCACCCAUGAUAACAACCCUGUUAUUUUUGCACCUUUCCAAAAUCUGCCUCCCAAUCUGCUCCUCGGUAUCUCUGCUGCUACCAGGGGGCCUAUAGAAUACCCCCAAUAGAGUAACUGCUCCCUUCCUGUUCCUGACUUCCACCCAUAUUGACUCAAAAGAGGAUCCUGCUACAUUACCCAUCCUUUCUGGAGCUGUAAUAGUAUCCCUGACCAGUAAUGCCACCCCUCCUCCCCUUUUUCCGCCCUCUCUAUCCCUUUUAAAGCACUGAAAUCCAGGAAUAUUGAGAAUCCAUUCCUGCCCUGGUGCCAGCCAAGUCUCUGUAAUGGCCACUACAUCAUAAUUCCAUGUAUGUAUCCAAACUCUCAGUUCAUCACCUUUGUUUCUGAUGCUUCUUGCAUUGAGGUACACACAUUUCAGCUCUUCUACCUUACUGUCUUUACACCCUUUAUUCUACUUCUCUUUCCUCAAGCCCUCUCUAUAUGUCAGAUCUGGCUUUACUCCAUGCACUUCUUCCACAGCUCUAUCGCUCUGGGUCCCGUCCCCCUCGUAAAUUAGGUUAAACCCUCCUGAAUCAUGCUAGCAAAACUACCUGCAAGGAUAUUGCUCCCCCUCGAGUUCAGGUGCAACCCAUCCAAUCUGUACAGGUCCCACCUUCCCCAGAAGAGAUCCCAAUGAUCCAAAGAUCUAAAACCCUGCUCCCUGCACCAACUCCUCAGCCACACAUUCAACUGCCAUCUCCUCCAAUUCUUACCAUCACUGUCACAUAGCACUGGCAGCAAUCCUGAGAACGCCAGCCUUGAGGUCCUGUUCUUCAGCCUUCUGCCUAGUUCCCGAAACUCACACUUCAGGACCUCAUCCUAACUAACGUUUCUAGUGUUAGUUAGAAACUGUUCGGCAAUGGUUUUCUGCCCCAAUUAAGUGGCAUAGUGACCCAAAAUAAGCAAAGGGAAUUUGAGCUAUUUCCAAUUAGUUCUUUAAGAGUUGUCCCAAAUAAGCAGCUAUCCUGAUUUAAUCUGGCCCUAUUAGCCAAAAUGCACUGUAUAUCCAGUAUGUAUAAAUCUAUAAAGGUAGUUCCCUCUCUGUUUUUUAUAUUUAAAGAUAUAUAUACAUAUCUUUAUUAAAAAGUUCAGCUAUCCCAGAGUGCUUUUAACUAGCAAUUCUACAUAUUGGGGAGACCCAAUGUAGGCUGGGAGAAAGUUUCGCUGAACACCUGCACUCUGUCCGCCAGAGAAAGCAGGAUCUCCCAGUGGCCACACAUUUUAAUUCCACAUCCCAUUCCCAUUCUGAUACGUCUGUCCAUGGCCUCCUCCACUGUCAAGAUGAGGCCACACUCAGGUUGGAGGAACAACACCUUAUAUUCUGUCUGGGUAGCCUCCAACCUGAUAGCAUAUACCCCAUCAUUCAUUCAUCCAUCCAUCCAUCCAUCCAUCCUCCUCCCUCUGUCCUUCUCACUAUAACUCCUUGCCCGUUCUCUGGGCUCCCCUCCCCCUUUCUCUCUCCCUAGACCUCCCAUCCCAUGACCCUCUCCCUUCUCCAGCCUUGUAUCCCUUUUGCCAAUCAACUGUCCAGCUUUUAGCUUCAUCCCUCCCCCUCCUGUCUUCUCCUAUCAUUUUGGAUCUCCCCCCUCCCCCUCCCACUUUCAAAUCUCUUACUAUCUCUUCCUUCAGUUUGUCCUGAUGAAGGGUCUCGGCCCGAAACGUCGACUACCUCUUCCUAUAGAUGCUGCCUGGCCUGCCGUGUUCACCAGCAUUUUUUGUGUGUGUUAUUUGAAUGAUCAUAUUUGAUACUGUAGCUCUAGGUAUGUUUUGUUUUCUUUGCAUUGUUUCCUCUUAUCAAACAGUGGUAUUUAUCUGUGGAACAGUUACACAAUUCUAUUUUGUGUCAUUGUGAAGCAGUUCUUCAUUUUUUUGUGGCUGUCAUUGCAAAUCCAGCCAGAUUUCAUUUCUGGGAGAAGCCAAAAUGAAGUGCAGUGGGACUUUGAACCCAUUUAGUGUACUGUCCAGUUUAUAGUUCAAGUUCAGUAUUGUGAUAUCAGAAUCAAUGUCAAUACCCAAUCUGAAUUGUGUAUACUGUUUAUGGCACUGUUCAUCACCAAGGCUUCAAUAAUAUGACAAGUCUGUUCACAAGCAGAUGCAAUCAUUCUUACUUAAACUUAGAAAAAAAUACUAAUUACCAUCUUUUUACAAGCAGAUUCUAUUUCUGAUACUGCAGGGGGCAGUGCAUGAUUUUUUUAAUUAAGAUUAGGACCUUGCUGUACUCUGCCUAAAUUAUUCUUGAUUGUCCCUUUUUUUGGUUAGGGAGCAAAUUAUUAAGGUACUUUUCUGUAGCAAUUUUCAACAGCUUGGGAUAUCUGAAUGUUAAAGUAGAAUCACUGCUGUAUUACAAGGAAGCAGCAGUCAUUUGUGCAAUUUGCAAGCUUUGUCCGAAGGGAAAUGAGUAUUUUGUUACUUGAGAAAUCCUGGCUAGGGCACUGGUACGUUUACGCUUAUAAUUUAUGGGGCCAGUGUUUAUUGCCCAUUCCCCAUGUGCUCCAGAGAAAGUGGCAGUGAACUGUAUCAUCGAAUUGCUGCAGUGCCCCUGUAAAUCUACUGAUGGUUGUACAGGGAGUCCCAGGAUUUAGACCUAGGUAUAAAGGAAUACCUCUCAUCUUUCAGUUGGAUGCUGCUACUUAAAGGAGAAUCUAGAAAGGGUACCAUUCCUUUCUUCCGGCCACAUUCAAGCUUCUAAGUAGUCGAUAUAACCCAUUGGUGUUCGUCUCUCAUAGCUCCUGCCUUUCACGUGUAGUGUAGCUACUAAGCCUGGUGGAACUGUUUCUAGUGACUGGAGAAGGGGUAAUGGCGGGUUACUGGCACCUUAAAAGUAGUUGCUUCGGGUAGAUGGGACUCAUCAGCCAUGGUUAGCAGCUCAUCUAGGAGAAAGAAAACUGGUCUCAAACCUCCAAUUCCUUGUAUCUACAGCGACUCAUGGGGAAUGCUUCGGGAGUACAUCACAGAGGAAAAAAAUCCAGAGCUCGAGUCCUUUAGGCAGUUCUACGUUGAGUUCAAUGCUGAACUGGCAACUCCUGCUGAUGCCAAACUAUCAGAUUCUGUCAUUCCUUUGACUUCAUCAGCUGCGUGGAGAGGGGUUAGUUUGCUUCAUAGGCAACAGCUUGCUUGCUUUCCAUACUGCCCUGCCUUGCAAAUCAUGUUGACAGCAAGGAUGGAAUGUCCGUGGCAGGCUGUAGGUUGAUGAAAAUGAGGGGCAAAUUAAAAUGGAAGAGGAUAAUUGUGUUCUCAAUAGUCAAUGAAGAUUCAGUGGUCCAAAGGAGAUGCUUCUGUGCUGCGUGACUCUGUGACAAUUGGAGAAUAGGAAUCACCUCUGGACAUUCAAGUAUUGAAGUAUGGAUAUUUACUUGAACUUAUGCUGGAGAAACGUACCAGCUACCUGGCGCUCAUGACUACAUUAAAAGCUUCAGCAUUGUCACAUUGAAAAACCUAAGACUGAAUAUGGCCACACGCUGUGUUGUGUAUAAUGACUUGGGCUAUUUGUUGCUAUUUGCAAAGGUUGUUAAAAGAAAAUUAAUUUAAUCCACUUCUCUUGGAAACCAUACACUAAUCUUAAUGUAAAGGAAAAAAAUUGUUUUGCAUGAGGUAAAGAGUCUAACAAUACAUUAAUUUUUUGUAAUGUUUAAACUUUUCCAGUGUCACAACAUGUAGACUGGCAUAUGCAAAAUAAUGGAAUUUUUAUCUUUAGUAUUUUGGCUGGUAUCUUAAUUUUAUAUUGAAAUAUUUAUCCUGUGAAAUAUUUAAAAUUUAGAAUUCCUAGAUUGCUGAUUUAAUUCAAUGUAUGUGUGUGUGUUAGCAUCAAUGCUGGUUAUUAGGGAUGUCUGUAAGAGAUGCUACUGCACAACUGAUUGACGGAUCAAAACCAUACCAGAGAUCUUUGGAUUUGGCAAAGCACUUUCUGUUGUGUCAGUAAUGUAUGCUUUUACAAUGCUUAUAAAAAGUAUUCACACCCCCCUUGGAAGUUUUCAUGUUUUUUAGUUUUACAACAUUGAAUCACAGUUGAUUUAAUUUGACUUUUUUGACAUUGAUCAACAGAAACAGUCUAUUCCGUGUCAAAGCGAAAACAGAUCUCGACGAAAUGAUCUAAAUUAAAUUCAAAUAUAGAUUAAAUCUAAAUGAAAUAAAAAUAUAAAACACAAAAUAGUUGAUUGCAUAAGUAUUCACCCCCUUCACAUUGGUAUUUAGAGUUGUCAUAGGUAUCUUGGUCCCCUUCUUGCAUGAUCACUCAGUUUUUGAGGAUGGCCUGCUCUCGGCAGAUUUACAGCUGUGCCGUAUUCUUUCCAUUUGUUGAUGAUUGACAUAACUGUAUUGCGAGGGAAGUUCAGUGAUUUGAAAAUUUUCUUAAAUCCAUCUCCUGACUUGCGCUUUUCAAGAACUUUUUUGCUGAAUUGCUUGGAGUGUUCUUUUGUCUUCAUGGUGUAAUUUUUGCCAGGAUACUUACUCAUCAGCAGUUGGAACUUCCAAAUACAGGAGUAUUUUUACUACAAUCAAUUAAAACACCUUGACUGCACACAGGUCUUAAAAACAGAUCUCCAUUUAACUAAUUAUGUGAAUUCUAAAGCCAAUUGGUUGCUCCAAUGAUGAUUUGGUGUCAUAUUAAUGGGUGGGGGGUGGUGAAUACUUAUGCAAUCAAUUAUUUUGUGUUUUAUAUUUGUAAUUAAUUUAGAUCACUUUGUAGAGAUCUGUUUUCACUUUGACACGAGAGUCUUUUUAUGUUGAUCACUGUCAAAAAAGCCAAG